AUGCAGAGCGAAGAUGGGGCGUCUGAGGCAGAGCAACCGCAGAAUUUGCCCUCUCCUCGUGCAGCCCACGACGAGAGCUUGACUCUGGACGAUGCAGAGAAUCCUUUGCAGUUGCUGGCGAGGGCGUCGGAUCUCCAGCUUUCCCCGACAGGGGUGCGGCAUAUGCCGAAGUCCCCGAUGCCUAUGCUUCCUCCGACGUUAUUUCAGAGCAAUGCGCCUUCAGAACCGAGUGCCAAGUCAUUCUUUGUCCCCGCACGGGCGAAUCUGGAUGUCGGCCCUGAGGUGGAUCCUGUUGAUCUGGGGUUGGUCACAUUUGACGAGUCAGAGUCAUUGUUUGCAUACUUCUAUCAAAAUUUGGCACAUACACGAUGGGGACUCGAUCCUUUGAUUCAUGUUCCGUCUUUUGUGCGGGCCCAAUCGGCUUUUUUGUUUACUUCUGUCAUGGCGAGCGCCGCUCUAUUUCUUCCUUCGGCUGCCGCCUUGUCGACGAGAUUAUCGAGGCAUUGCAAGUGGCUUGCAAAGCGAAUCAUUACCAACCGUCACAAGUCUGUUGAGAUCGUUCUGGCCUUCAUGGUCAAUGUACCCUGGAUGUCUCCCGGUGAGAGUCUGGGAGACGACGAUACUUGUUCAUACAUUGCGAUGGCUCUCACGGUUGCUCUGGAUCUAUCCUUGAACAAAAUCGUCUCCCCAUCUUCGAGCUUCGACCAAGGACUUUUGAACCGCCUGGCUCGAGCAGAUUGCAUAGAUGCCAAGAGAGCUUUGCAUAUGGAUGGAUUUCACGAUGUUGAUCCUUCGUCGGAAUGGGGCCUCCGUUUGCUGCGAAGACGCGAAAGAGCAUGGAUUGCUUUAUAUGUGGUUGAAAGAGGUGUAUGUCUUGCACGCGGUCGAAGCUAUACGGUCCCACCUACAAUGCUUAUUGAGAACUGUGAUCGCUGGCAUUUAUCCAACGUGGCAGAUUUGCGUGACGGUCCUAUGAAUUCAAUGGCAGUUCUUCGAAGAGACCUGGAUGGACUCUUCCGAAGAGUCAGACUUAUUUGUGAUAACCACCGGAUUGUGGACACUGGAUCGGAGGUCGCUCAAUCAAUCAAAAAGACCAUCGAAACAUUCUACGAGGGGUGGUAUGCUUCAUGGGCCCCGGCAAUUGGCGAGAGAGGAUCUCGCUCCAUGCCACCUUAUGUCGAGAUUUUGGUCACACACACUCAACUUUCUACCUACGGCGGUGUGAUCAACCAUCCAACAGCCCCGGUUGAAGUAAAGCGAUUCUUCCGGGCAGCUGGUCUGUCGUCUGCCUUGAAUGUCCUUCGAGCAGCUACCCAGGGAGAGUCCCGACUGAAGUCCAUGCCCAACAAUACCGUGAUCAUGAUUUCCUUCGCUGCAUGCUCUGCUCUUAGCCUCAGCGUAACGCCUGGUGACAGCAGAUCCAGCCUGGCACCCAGUGUCCGCAAUCUGAUCGAAGAAACAGCCGGCGUCCUCGAAAGGAUUGGCUCAACCCCCAGCCACCGAAGUGGUGCCUCGGUACUUUAUGGAAGAUUCCUUCGUGAACUGAUCAGGCGUGCACCGGCUUUACCUUCUCAGCCCAGGACACAUCUUCGAGCCGAUCUGCCCGAACUUGCGCUUCCCGUAGAUCACACCCCACGGCUGCCUGAGGAUCUUUGGUCGGAGCCCAUGCACUUCUCAGCAAUGUCUGACAAUCAGAUUGUCGACGCAGUGAAUCGUGCCGGUACGGCAUUUGGUGCUUCGAUCCCUGACGUUCCAUUGGAUGAUAUGCUCGACUGGGAUUGGCUUGAUUUCGCGAAUACGGACUUCAAUUUCUGA